CAGCGGCGGGGACCGGCACGCUGACCCCGCGGGAGGGCGGCGGCAGCAGGAGCAGGUGGUGGGCCGGGAGGAGCGGCGGCGGCUUCUGUCUUCCGUCCCGGAUCGCCUUCCUGCCAGCGCCAUGCCCCCCGCCCACCCGCACCUGGCGGCGCUGAGCGUCUUCCAAUGGGUGCUCACCUUCCUCUUCUUCGGCCUCUUCUUCACCAGUCUCCUGAUCGGCCUGCUCUUCACUUCCUACUGGUCGGUCACCGUCCUCUACUGCCUUUGGUGGCUCUUGGACUGGGAGACCCCCGAGCGAGGUGGCCGCCGCAGCGACUGGAUGAGGAGGUGGCGGGUCUGGGAGCUCCACCGGGACUAUUUCCCCAUCAAGCUGGUGAAGACGGCUGAGCUGCCCCCCACUCGGAACUACGUCCUGGGCUCCCACCCCCAUGGCAUCAUCUGCGCAGGGGCCUUCUCCGCCUUCUGUACAGAGGCCACCGGCUUCUCUCGCACCUUCCCGGGCCUGCGGUCCCACCUCUGCCUCCUCAGCGGCCUCUUCCACAUGCCCGUCUACCGCGAGUACAUGAUGAGCUCAGGCAUGGUGCCGGUCAGCAAGCGCUCCCUGGACUUCCUGCUGCGGGGGGGCCCAGGCAACGCCCUGGUCAUCGUGGUGGGCGGCGCGUCCGAGUCGCUGGACUGCGCGCCCGGGGAGCACCGGCUCCUGCUUCAGAAGAGGCGCGGCUUCGUGCGCCUGGCGCUGCAACACGGGGCGGCCCUGGUGCCGACGUACUCCUUCGGCGAGACCGACAUCUUCCGGCAGCUGCGCUUCGCCGAGGACAGCUGGGCGCGGCGCCUCCAGCGGGCCUUCAAGGAGCGCGCCGGCUUCGCGCCCUGCCUCUUCUCCGGGCGGGGCCUCCUCUGCGGCGGCACCGCCUCCUCCUCUUCUUCGUGGGGGAUCCUGCCCUUCGCCGCCCCCAUCACCGUCGUGGUGGGGCAGCCCAUCCCGGUGCCACGCCGCCCGUCGCCCGCCCAGGAGGAGGUGGACCAUUACCACGCGCUCUACGUGGCCGCUCUGCGCGCCCUUUUCGAGGCCCACAAGGGACACUGCGGCCUGCCCCCCUCGGCCCAGCUCGUCAUCUCCUAGCCCGCCCAACCCCCCAAUAAAGCCGCCUGUGUCUUGCCCGCCACAUG